AUGAAACGAUACUUUAAGAGAAGGUUCGCAUCAACUACUUCUAGCUCGGAUAAUGUGGGUAGUUCGAGUUCUAGAGAUGUGGAUAUUUCUAAAGAUGUGGAUAGUUCGAAAGAAAGUGAGUUGCAAGAUAUCUUGGCUAAUCUUAUUGCAACCCUGGACUUCGACCUCAAAUGUUGGAUUAUGAUCCUGACAUUAGAGAUGAAAAUUGGUGAAGGGUGUAGCGACGACUUCAUAGAGAUGGGUUUUAGGAAUUGGAAGAAGAAAGAUAAAAUUAGGCAACAUGUUGGACCCGUUGGAAGAGUUCAUAAUCAAUCUAGACAAUAUUAUGUGGAUCUUAUGAAUCAAAAGCAACACAUCCGAACAGUUUUGAUAAAGCAAUCAGAGCAAGCUCGUAUUGAUUAUCGUAUUUGCUUGACAGCUACUCUUGAUUGCGUGAGAUUUUUAAUGAGGCAAGGUCUUCCUUUUCUUGGGCAUGAUGAGAGUGACACUUCAAGCAACAAGGGGAAUUAUUUAGAGCUCUUACAAUUUCUUGCUGAUCAUGAUGAGAAAGUUAAGGUCGAAGAAAUCAUUAAGGAUAUGGAUGAUGCAUUCUUCUCUUUAUUAGUUGAUGAAUCACGUGAUGUGUCAGUCAAAGAACAGAUGGGGGUAGUAUUUUGUUAUGUGGACAAAAGUGGGGAUGUAAUUGAAAGGUUUGUGGGCAUUCAACAUGUUAGUGAUACUACAUCAAACUCACUCAAGGAGGCUAUUGACACUUUGUUUACAAGAGAGGAAUUGAGCAUUUCCAUGCUAAGAGGACAAGGAUAUGAUGGAGGAAAUGCUGAUAUUGCCACUUUCUUCACAUCUUGCAAUAACUUGGUUAAUAUUGUUGGAGCAUCGUGUAAGCGUCGUGACAUGCUUAGAGAUCAACUACAAAAAGAUAUUACGGAAGCUUUAGAAAAAGAUACUUUUCCAACAGAGCGAGGCUUAAAUCAAGAAACUUGUCUCAAGCAUCCCGGUGAUACACGUCAGAACUCACAUUAUAGUACAUUAUCUCAAUGGAGAUCACAUCGGAGAGCUCCUAUAAUAACACACCUCCAUCAUUAUCGUGUGGAUAUCUUUAUUCAAAUCAUUGAGUGGCAACUUGUUGAAUUAAAUCAUCGCUUCAGUGAGGUAAAUACUGAAUUACUUCUUUGUUUGGCAUGUUUGAGUCCGAAUGAUUCAUUCAUAGCUUUUGACAAACAAAAGCUACUUCGUUUUGCUGAAUUUUAUCCUCAAGAUUUUAAUUCCCGAGAUGUCUUGGCACUUGAAGAUCAACUUGAGAUUUAUAUUACUUAUAUGCAUACGAUGACCGAUUUUUCUCAAUUGAAAGGGAUUGGUAGCUUUGCAAGAAAAAUGGUGGAGAAAGGGUUGCAUAGAACAUAUAGUUAUGUUUAUUUGCUUAUCACAUUAGCCUUAACUUUACCGGUUGCAACUACUUCUGUGGAGAUAGCAUUUUCUACUAUGAAUAUUGUGAAAGGUCCACUUCGCAACUGA